ACCGACUGUGAGCAGGGAAGUUAAAUACCGAGGUCGCCUCCACGGAAGGGAACGAGCCAUUGUGUUCGACCCCGCACUCGUCCUGUUUGCUCCUUUUUUGCUGAUCUCUCCAUCUGGGCAAGAACUGGCUCUGGUCAAGACGGUUUAGCUGCAGCUGAACACAAGGAUGGGGCACCUGGCUUAUCUUGGAAUUGUAGAUUCGUGCAGAGCUGUCCUGAGGCACCAUGGGGAAGAAACCAGCCCAGAAGUCCUUCUUGUUGCCGGCCAGUCCAUUUUACCUGCCUGGGUCAUUUGUGCCGUAGCAGCACCUGGGCUGAGCCUGGGGCUCACCUUAGACUUUAACUCAAAUCGUGGAUCUCGGACAGAAACCCCUGGGUGGGCCCCCUCACCUUAUUUAUGGCGAGGGCAACUUAUCACUAGAGGGAGAAGGUCUAAGAGCCGCUGUUGAAAUGGUGAUAAAUAAUCAUUGAGCUCUUCCUGCGCCAAAAGCUAUUUCAUAAGCAAGGUCGACUGUCUCUCGUGGUCACCCCAGGUACCUUUCUUCCCACUCCAGUUUUCCAAAAGGACGAAGGAUAAGGAAGCGACGUCCUAGCUAGCGUAUUUAAACCGGGCAGAGGGCCAGCAGAGGUCCGCGUUUCUCAACUCUUUCCAAGAGCUCCUCGCGUCCCGAAUCGGCGCCUUCAACUCUGACAAGUCGGGAGCCCCGCAGGAAACUUGCAUCACUGCAGCCGCCGCCACACACCCGGGGCAGCGGAUGGGCUGCCGCGCUGGCUCCCCGGGAACGCGCCCCCUCCACGGCCGGCCGCCCCGCCGGCCCGCCCUCCGGGGGAGAGCCCCCCGGCACCUGCGGCCUCCGAGUAAGUGCCCGCGCGCACGUCCGCCCGCCCGCCUCCCCUCCGCGUGCCGGGAGCCGGGGGUCGCCGGGCGCCCCUCGCCGCCUCCGCGGGGAGCCGGCGGUCGCGGGCGCCUGCCCCGGGUGGGCGGAGAGGCUCGCGGCGCUGCCCCGCGGCGGCGGCGCCCGGAGGCCGCACUACCCGCGGCCGCGGCGGCGCUGCUCCCCCUGCUCGGUGCAGCUGCCGCCCGGCGCUUGCGCACUGGGCCCUGGGCGCGCGGCGGCACCAGGCUUUGUGUGUGUGUGUGUGUAUGUGUGCGAGUGUGUGUGUGUCUGUGUGUGAGUGAGUGAGCGGGCGGGCGCGAGUGUGGCCGCCGCGGAGCGCGAGCAGGACCCGGCGGGCGCGCUCCCCCAGCCUCUCUCUCCCCGCCAGAACCAUGUCGGGCAGGUCGGUUCGAGCCGAGACCAGGAGCCGGGCCAAAGAUGAUAUCAAGAGGGUCAUGGCGGCUAUCGAGAAAGUGCGCAAAUGGGAGAAGAAGUGGGUGACUGUGGGUGACACAUCUCUGCGAAUCUACAAGUGGGUCCCUGUGACGGAGCCAAAGGUUGACGAUAAAAACAAGAACAAGAAGAAGGGCAAAGAUGAGAAGUGUGGCUCAGAGGUGACCACCCCAGAGAACAGCUCCUCCCCGGGGAUGAUGGACAUGCACGAUGAGAACAGCAACCAGAGCUCCAUCGCAGACGCCUCCCCCAUCAAACAGGAGAACAGCAGCAACUCCAGCCCCGCUCCCGAGCCCAACUCGGCCGCACCCGGCGAUGGCACAGACGCCAAGGCAGACGAAGCCCAGGCCGGUGGGAAGGAGCUCCCCGGGGCCGAAGAUGCUUCUGACGAGCAGAAUUCACAGUCUUCAAUGGAAAACUCGAUGAACAGUUCAGAGCAAGUAGAACGGCAGCCAUCUGGAGAUGCAGGUCUGGCUGCAGAGACAUCCACAAUCUCUCAGGAUCUGGAAGGAGUGCCACCCUCCAAAAAGAUGAAACUGGAGGCCUCACAACAAAACUCCGAGGAAAUGUAGACGCCGAGUUCAGUCCUCCAAUCCAUGUCUCACGGGAGAUGCAUCAGCAGGCUUAAUUCUAGAACAACCUCACCCGAGCGGAUCCCUGUCGGGUGCGAAGGGAACUACUAACUUUUCAAGUUUACCAAGUGCAAAUCCAAGAAAACCUACAACGGCGUAACUUCUCAGACACUGAAGAACUUUCUGCUGUGAAGCAAAACACUCGAAUCUUGAAGUGACUGUCCUGGGGAAGGCGGGGUCGACAGCUCAGGAGUGUCUGCACACUGUCUCUGAAGCCAAGAUUACAUUUGUGUUGCUGCUGUAUUGUGUUUUUUUUUUUGUUUUUUUUUUUGUUUGUUUGUUUUUUUCCACUUCUCUAUUUAACGAUAUAAGCUAUUUGAGGGUGGUACCGAUCAGGAAUUCGCUUUUUCAUCGGGGCUUUUCACUGUUCAAUUGAUUCCUUCCGCUUUAUUUUUUUGUGCCUUGUGCCCUUGAGGUAACCUCUGGCAUGUUUUCCUGGUUGUUUUGCAAUUCUCCUUGCAAAUGCCCUCUUGGUUCGGUGCAGGCUGCCAUUGCCCUGGUCCUCACGUCUCUCUCCUCCCUGCCUCAGGACUUCAAGCUGGAGCGGACCGGGCAGGGAGAAGGAGAGCCUGAGGCCGCAAAAGAGCAGGACCUCCCCGGCUGCCUGAUUUCCAGGUCCAGGGGGCAGGGGGACACACCCUGAGCCCUGGAUUGGGGCAGUGCCAGCCUCCAGGGUCCGAGGAGUCUCCAUGUCUGGGCUCUGUCCCCAAGGGCUUCCUUGGGGCAUCUGAGGCUGGUGUUUCCAAGCCCACAGAGCCCUUCGAUUGUUCUGGCACGUCACCCUCUGCCGUCACCAUGCCGCUUUCUCCCGCAUCUCCGAAGACAGAUUGGCUUCUGCCGCUGACUGCAGGACUGUCUCCUUAAGACGAUAAAGGGGCGGAGGAGGCUGGUAGCAGGCAGCAGGAGUAGCUGGUGCUGAACUUUCUCUCACAGGACAUCGCUUGGAUUUCAAAUCCACAGUCACCUGCUGCCCUCUGUCCCCCCACCCCAGCCCCACCCACAGGGGAGGCCAGGUUGUACUCAGCCACAAUCCAACACCUGCUUGCUUCUGCAUACCGUUCUGACUCCCAGAGCCAACAGUUGGACCGCGUCUCAUUGCCAGGAUGCUCUGAGGCUCCCCAGUGGGGAACGGGCCUUGAGGGUUGGACCUCGAAAGCCAGAAACGAGGCACCGAGGAACUGGAGAGCUUUGCGCUCCUCCAGAAAGGGGCGAUCGGUCCCUCCCCCGCCUCCAUCCCCUUCCUGCACUGGGACAGCUUCCUCUCACGAAAAUGGAGAUGCCCCCACCCCUGGACGAACUGCCUAAUUGUUUGGUUCUGAGGCCUGGUUUGCUCUGAAUUGCUAUACGGACGACUCAGACCUUAACCCUUUUCCUGAGCUUUCUUUACUGCACUGGAGUUCCAACUCCCUUUGAGUUGUAUGGGGGGGUCAGGGUGGGGGGAGGGUUCCAGGUUUCGUUGGUUGUUUUAUUUUCUUCCUGUUUGUUUGUUUUUGGUUUUGUUUUGGCUAAACUGGUGCAUAUUCAGGUACCACCUUCCACGUGUGGAACUCUCGCCCGACCACCAUGGGGAGUGUCCGCCAGAUUCCAUUUUCUAAGAGUUUCUGAGGGUGAGGCUCUUAUUUGUUUUUUAAGGGAGCCAAUCUAUUUCCUGCACUUCAAGAAGAAUCAAAAUGUUCCUGAAUUUCAAAUACCUCAUGCAAAAAUGUCUCCUGAAACAAGGGAAGGAAAAAAAACAUGAACUUUGAAAAUCUUAGUGUUGAAGUUAGCGAUGCCGAAAGGUUUCUGUCUUAAAAAAAAAAAAAAAAAAAAUCCUUGUCAAUUUUGCCCCUCAGGCAGUCAGUUCUGCAGAGAACUGUGUCCUGCCGUUACCUCUCAGCGUAUCUCAAGGCGGCUUUACCUCCAGAUCCUAUAGAGUUAAAGUUAACUUUUUCCUUUGCAGCAAAACUCCACUUGGAUGAAAGAUGAAUUUGGCUCCUCUUCUUUUUUUGGAAACAAGAGGUUACAAGCAAGACAGCUGAAGGGAAUCCCACACACACAUCCGUGGAAACAGCAGGGUCCUCUCGACAACAAGGGGAGCGGACACAGUCAAGGAUGAAUGAAGAGGACACCCAGGAUACGAAGCUGUCGUUAGUUUUUCUCUGAAGUGCCUGAAGGUAGGAAUGGGCCCCCGCCACGGCCACGCCAGGCAGAGCGCCAGCGGCCCUGCAGUCCAUCCACGCUGGCCAGGAAGGCCUUCCACACGGGAUGAUGGGACUGCAAAAAUCCAGACGUGCUUCCUUCCCUGACGAGGCCCGCUCCUCAGAGCCGCCGUUCCCCACCGCAUCCUGAGCCCCCUCGCCCCCCCCCCACCACAGAAUCUAAGACCUUUCAGCUGGCCGAGCCAGAGGCGGGGGUCCUAAGCGAAUGCCUUCCGCGGACACCAGGCCCUGCGGCCUAAAGGGCUCCCAGGGCAAACUUAUUCCCCGAGAAACUUGAAGUUGGGGAUGCUGCAGCUACACAUUCCACAAAGUGCUGGCACUUACACCCAUAACCCGAAGGCAGUAGACCGACUCACAGGGUGGUGACCUCCCAUUACCAACGGCGUCAUGGUUUGGAACGUUCAUCAUCAGCCAAGGACCUGGUUAGAGGCAUAAAGACCUUUUUUCACUGUUACCUAAUUUGUUUUUUCCCUUACGAUUUUUUUUUUGGUGUGUUGUACAGCAGUAUAAUUUUUCACUUAUUUAUUCCAUCAGUAGAUAUGGUUUGUACAAUGUACAA